GGUCAACAGGUCGGGGUGGCAGACCUGCCAAGAAUUGUUAACUUUCCAACCAAGGAUUUACUUGCUCCCGAGGAUGUUAAGUUUAGUAGACAAAAUGCCUUGAAAUUACCAUGUGAUGCUGUUGGGAGUAACUUGCAAUGGACCUGGAAGCACAAUGGCACAGCAAUUACGACGGGUGGUAAGUUCGCCAUUGGUGUUGAUGGAACCUUAUACGGAAGUUACCUUGAGAGUGCACAGAGUGGAAAUUACCAGUGUUUUGUCAGGGACAAUGUUACUGGAAUCGAGACAUUCAGCAGGAAGAUACAGGUUGCUGUUACGGGUAAGGAGUCAUUUCAGUAUCAUUGGCAUAAGCAGUUGAACAGAUCUAAACAAAAAAAAAAAACGAUAAAGCCCAAGGCUGUGCUUUUGAUGCAGAGCUUAAAAAAAAAAUGAAUUCCAGCUUGUCCUUUGGGCAAGCAGCCCUCACAUUUGGCUUGUCCAAGGCCAUUUCUUGUUUGUCUAAAGUAUAAUUAUGAUUAUGUUGGAGGAUGACUUGGCUGAAACCUUCAGUUAAGUCAGCUUUAAAAGUUACUUGCCCAGCAAGAAUAUCUCUUUUCCCCAGCAGACUACCGGAUUUGACUUUUUUUAGCUCUGUAAAAGGCAAGUAAAAAGUCAAGAGUCCCAGCUUUAUUAUAACCCCAAAAGAAGUCCUCCACAUCGCAAGAGUCAAAAACUCAUGGCUGUGCUCUAAGGAAAACUGAAAGGAGCCAGGUGCUCUGAACCUGUGAAAUCCAGGGUUCAAUCACAAAUGUGCUUAAUUCUACUACAUGUAAGUGCAACCCUGACUAAUUAGGGGUGAGAAGAGGAGCCUGCAAUCAUAAUCUCCAGGCCCAGGUUGUUCAAAAGCGGAUACGUACGUAUUACAGGAAACAAUUGCGUUACAUCCGCUGGAUAGUGAUUUAUCCGCUGGAUAGCGCUAUCCAACGUUUGAACAACCGGGGCCAGGUUGUUAUUUUUUAUUUAUGCAUGCAUCACAUGUAUGUAUGCAGCAUUCGUUUGGAUUUCCACUAAGAAUGACUGGAAUGCACAGAACAUAAUUUGAUCAUGCAUUUUAGACUACGAGUAGUCCCCCAUUUUUCUUCUGGACUUUCUAUCACUUGAAAUCUGAUCACGUGUUUUGACCAUCUGUCAUGUCAAACUUACGCAAAGUACAACACUGGUGCAAAAGUGUUUUGACAUUUGAUUGCGUCUCCCACACUCCGUAGCCUUUAAUAGGAUAUUACUAGUUUAUCAACCUCUCCCCAGGGCUUUUCCCUUGAAAAAUGGGUGGGGAAAAGCCCUGGGUACGAGGUUGCUAGUUUAUAAUAUUUUUCUUGUUUCCUGGUACAGUUGUAGGGACAUUCAGCAAUCAAAAUGAACAGGAGGUGCUUGUAGAUCUUGGGGAAGAGUUUAGUUAUAAUUGUCCACAGCACUCUUCCAGUUAUGGUGUUAGCUACUCAUGGCAGGGGAAAAUCAAUGCUAUGCACAUACGGUUCAAAAGAAAUGAUCGACGAGCCAUAUCACAGACAGGGCAACUAUUAAUCAUGUAUGUUACCCAGCAAGACAUUGACGAUUUUGCAGAGUAUGACAGCCAAGGAAUCAGAUGUUUUAUGACUGGAGCAAACAGAUUUGAAUAUUCUGGUAUUUUGAAGUUAAAGAAGAAAACUGCAGGUAAAUUCUUUGUUUUUUUUUUUUAUCACAGAAGGAAAUGUCAGUGAUUGAAAGAGGAACUUCCAUCCCAUUAAAUACAUGUAUCUAUAUUACAUGUAACAUUUUAGGAGUGUCCUUUUGACCUGGUGUCCAUAUAAUAUUGAUUAGGCUUUUCUCUGUUUUCACUACAGUCAUGCUAUCAAAAAAAAUUGAAACUAUUGAAUACAGAACAUCCAGAAUCUUGGAGAUGAAAGAAGAUAAUUUACAUGUAUGAAAAAAGCCUCACCAAGAAUCAGGUCUAUGCAAUAUUUCAUAUGUGACAUGUACUCGGAAAAAUGUUUUCUCCAAAUUGUAAAUCUUUCUACAGGGUUUUUAACAAGGUUUUUAAUAGGUGGCAAAAGCUUUGGAGUAGGCAGAGAACUGGAAAAAACGUACCCUGCGACUUGCAUGCAUUGAAUUGAAAGUGUGAGUUCCUAUAGAGAGGGUCUGUGCAGGGGCAUGCCCCCUGGAAAAAUUUUGAAAUCUGGGCCUCUUAGAGUGCAUUUCCAGCAUUCCGGAGCAAAAAUUAGAGUGUGUGAACAGAAGAUAGACAUCAUUAAAUUUUGAUUUUUGGGUGUCCCUUUGAGGGGCACAAAAAUUAGUGUGCAUGGUGUUCUACAAAAGCAUGAAUUCAUUGCUUGAGGAACUCAAACACAUUAAAAAGUCAUACUUAUUUUGAGACAAGGAAUAUUUAGAUGGGAAAAUCUCUAAAAAAUUAAUCGGUAUGUUUUUAGCCUACAGUACAUGAGAGCUUUCCCGGUAGCCAUCUUCCUAAGUGCCAUGUCACUCAAAAGCUUGGAAAUUCAAGCAUCCUCUAUCACAAAUUAAACAAAGAACCGGCUUUAAAACUGAAAAUUUGUAUAAAUGAAGGUGUUGAUCUGCUGUAUUUAAUACCUCAUAGAAUUAAACACUCAUCAGAGUCGAAUUGUGAAUUUUGGUGACAUCAUGUGAAAUCCAAGAAUUGAGGUUCUCAUAAUGUUUCUUAAUUUAUUUUUUAAAAAAAAGGCUUUUGUUGCUGGAAGAAUUGUUUGUGGGGGCUGUGUAUAAAAGUGGGACGGGGACAAGGGGACGGGGACAUCGGGACGCGUGUGUGGGGACUUGGGACUUGGGGACGCGAGACGAGGGACUUGGGGACGUCAAGUAUGGGACGCGGGGACGUGGGGACGCGGGGACGUCAAAAACUAGGACGCAGGGAACCCGGGAUGUUAAUGAUUAUUGCAAAAGUCGGAGGUAAGUGCGAUAUCUCUUUCUUCGUGAAAAUGUGUUAUUUAUGGUCAACAUUAGAUUCCAUCUUCCAAAACCACAUUGGACACCUUAUGAUGUUUAGACAAAAUAUUUCUUUACAAUAGAAGUAUUAAAAGCCCACUGACUAUCGUGAUCAGGUUUAGGGUUGAUUUCCACUGUCGCGUAAUUUUUCCAUGCCUACGUGCGUAAAAUUUACGUUCGCACAUAAAAUAGAGGCAAUGUCUGAAAGGCCGCACGUAAGCGUAAAAGUAGAAUCUCGCGCAACUUCACAUUUAAUCUCGACAAUUUAUAUCUUGCCUAUCUUAUUUACGUGAUUAAAAUUUACUUGCGUUAACGUGCAUAGCCAAAAACGCGUCGUGGAAAUCAUCCUUUAAGUACUGUUAGCAAGCAUUUACUGUUAGGUUUGCCACUAAAAAUGUAGAACAAAAUAAAUAUUGCUACAAUAGUUGAAUCCCUCGUGGUUUAGUGGUACAGGCGAUGGAUUUCGGAGUUAGAACUUCGGGAUUCGAAGCUCGCUAAUGCCACUUAAUUUUUAUUUAUUUGGAAUCGAAUGCUGUUAUUCUACAUAAUUUUUGGCGACCGCAACCCACCCUACCCUACUGGCUCCAAUAUUCCAUCAGCAAGAAGACUAGGACAACGGUUUCACUUUCUUCAAUGCAGGAGGUCUUCGCCGAGUCUUCUCUUCGUAAACAGGCAUGGAGGAACCCUAAGGAGGGCAGGGUGGGUUUCCUUUCACCAAAACAUAUUCACGAGGAAAGUGACUGAUAUCGCAUUUACCUGCGACUUUUGCAAUAAUCAUUCACAUCCCGCCUCCCCUGCGUCCCUGUAUUUGACGUCCCCGCCUCCCCGUCCCACACGUCCCCGCGUCCCAUAGUUGAUGUCCUCAAGUCCCUCGUCUCGCGUCCCCACGUCCCAAGUCCCCACACACGCGUCCCGAUGUCCCUGUCCCCUUGUCCCCGUCCCACUUUUAUACACAGCCUAAUUGAUGCCACUUUUUACUGAUGAACAAGUCUUAAUAAGAAAAGGGAGGGGAGAUGUUACAUAAGAUGUAUCUUUUACUAGCAGACUAUAGCAUAAAGCAAGGGUAAAUGUUUUACAGAGUACUGUGUAUUUUGUCUUAGGUCAAACAGAUCCAGGGAUACCAAGAGCGCCUGCGUGGAAGCUUAUACCUGCUGCCAUAGAAACAGCUGUGGAGGGAAGAAAUAAAACUUUGUAUUGCCUUGCAGUUGGAAGGUGAGUGCCUGCAUGGGUACAAUAUUUUACAAAUUGGGCAAAAUAAAUAGUAAUAAGAUAAGGAAAUAUAUACAUACAUUCUACAUAGAUAAAUAAAUAGUUAGGAUUGAUGGACAAUUUUCAGAAUGUCGAAUUCUGUUCAUUUAAGCCAAUAUCAAUGGCAGUAGCAUUGGAUGGGUUUGUUUUCAGAACAUUUAGGCAUCCAACGUUUUGGGGUUAGAACUGUAGGCUGUCAAUGCAAAAGCGUCCCUAACAGCCAACUGCUUCUUACACCCAUUCAUUAAAAUUGGGUGUCUGGUAAGUUGUUCACCUUAAAUUACAUACAAACAUUUACCUCAGCCAUUAAACGGCCGUUCAUGGUACAUGUACGUUCUAUCCAUUUCAAAUGUCCUGUCUACCAGUUUAUUAUGCAUUGAUUUGCUUUGUGAUUGGCUGUUCUCUGUGCAAAGAAAGCCAAUUGUCCAAUAGCGCGGAAACAAGUAGAUUGUGUGAUCGGGCUAGUGGAUUCUGUUCUUUACGUGCCAGACAGGCAAGUGAAGUAUUCUGCAGGAAUUCAAAUCACAGAAGUAUUUUAAGACAAGUGUUUUAAAUUCCUGAUAUAUUCAUGUGGAGCAAGAGUUACUUGCAAGCUGGUCUCACAUAGUGAAAUUAUUACACUAAUUAACUGUCUUACAUGUAAUGGUGUAAAUAUAAUCAAUAAAAAUGUAAAGUUAAUUAUUUAUUGAUCCUGCUCAUCAAAAGCUUUGGGGGGCUAAAUUUAAAUUCAACCCACUUAAUAUGAACAUUUUCCAUGGCCUCCUCAUUGUCCGUAUUAACGGGGAACGUGACUGUAGGGGUUCGCAUGCACCUUGAUAGUCCUUGAAAGUCCUUGAACACACACCUGACUGUAACACACUAAAGCAUUUCAUAGCCACAGGAAUCCUUGCAAUUUAUUGAUUGAUUAAAACUAAAUGCAGCUGACAUCUUAUAGUUCAAAGCCAUUGCCCGUUAUCUUGUUACUUACAGACCUGUGCCAAUGAUAACUUGGAAAAUGCAGGACAAAAGUGGAAACUGGCGAAACCUUGUACAUGGACAAGAUAGUUUUGAGAUUGCUACCGCUUUCCAAGGAAGACUGCUUAACAUUAUAUCCGUUAAAAAGAGCAUGCAUGAGACCAAUUACCGUUGUGAGGCUGAGAAUUCUCAAAGUGGUGGAAACCCCUUGGUCCAUGAUAUACGGCUGGAUGUUGAGGGUAAGUGGCCUUAAGGCUGUGUCAAUCUCAUGCACCGAUCCCUUUAAUGAUCAAAUUAAGGUGGCUGAACACAGUUUUAAGGGCGGUCAGCAGUAAAUUGCGCGACGGCGUGUGUUUUAAAUUAGAGAAACAAAAUUGGCAGCGAAAAAGGCAAUGGUACACAGAAGACGAUUUCUCAAAAUCUACUCAUUAAAAUUUUGUGAUAUUUGGCAGAAUUUUUACUUUUAUCAUAUUUUGAAUAAUGAGAACUUUAAAAUGGAAGUUGAACAGACGAAUAAUAUUUUGUGACACGUUUAAUAAUUACAGUACAAUUAUAUUAUUGAUCAUCUAAAAACCUGUCUGUUAAAAUUUGGUCAAAUAAGUUUCAAAUGGUAAUGAUUAAUUAUAGUAAGCUGUGUGCAAGUUUAUAGGAAAAUCUAAUGAGCGAAUUUUAUGUAAACUGUGAAAAAGUGAAAUUUUAAGGUUGUAGUCAAUCGUUCAUGUUGCCAUGGCAACUCCACAAAUGUCACAUUUUAUCUGUCAAUCAAAAUCUUUCAUCAGUAUAUUUUUCAAUUUCCAAGUAUCAGCUUGUGAGCUGCAACCUUUCUCUUGCCAUGAUUUGGCAAAUGACAUAUGCACACAAACUGCCAAAACUGUGUUGAGCCACCUUACCCACUUCAAUUUUACUGUCACACUAAAUCACCACCUGGUUAGGUUAGUUGGGAGACUCACUUGCUGGUCUGCCGAGUGGUAGGUCGUUUGUUGAAACCCCCAGCUGGACCAAUGCUCAGGGUCUUUAAUUAACUGAGAAGAAGGUGCUGCCUUUGUAAUAACCUUGCAAACGGUUAUUUUUUCUAGUCUUCUUGGAUAUGGAUGAAAAACGGUAUGUUCCUUCACAAAGCACUUUCACUUAUCUGGUUCUUCCAUUAGUGCGACGUAAAACCAGAACCCACACCACUGUUCCAAAAGAGUAAGGGACAUAGACCCCAGUGGUGUGGCAGCCCUUUCCUGGGGUGGAUGGGUAUCUGUAGGGACUGUCACUGAUCUUAGUAAUACAGUCAACUCUCGCCAAGAUGGACACCUUUUUGACCAGUACUAUGUGUCCGCCUUAGAGAGAAGUCCGUCUUAUAGAGAGUCAAAUAAAGGGAGUAAAGAAAAGCAGGGACCAACUCUAGGUGUCCGUUUUACAGAGGUGACCGUCUUAUAGAGGUGUCCGUUAAGAGAGAGUUGACUGCACACUGUAGGGAUGUCGAAAUUGGUACCUUAACAGCAGUGAUUUUUUUACCUCUGCGUCCUGCGUCCCUGAUGCAUAAAAAUCCCCAAAGACACAAAUAUAAUUCAUGGUAUGCGUCCUGCAGGACGCAAAGAACGAUCGAUCGAAUUGAAGAUUCUUUUUUGGUAGAAUACCCUGUUCGUGUGAUUUCUGUGGCUGUUCUUUAAAGAUGCAUUUUGUUGUAGUUUUUUUUUCUGCUUUAAACAUGGCAAAUUGAAGGUUCAAUCUGUACAAUACAACUGAUUAUUUUAUUAAUUUUCUUUGCAGUUGCUCCAAGGUUUUUAGCGGCUCCUCCGCAACAACUUGAAAUUGAUGUUAAUGGCAAUGGCAGCUUAACAUGCGAUGUAUUUGCAGACCCUUCGCCAUCUUUUAAGUGGUACAAGAAUGGGCAACAACUCACAACAUCAACGUAAGUUUAGUAACAAUUGUUUCUCUUAGUACACGCUUUGUGAAUUUGUAAAUGUAAAGGCCACACCCCGCUUUUAUUCUCAAACAUUGUUAUAAGUGCUAACUUUUGAUUUUUUCUAGAUUUCAUUUGAAGAGUCAGGGAAAAAUUUAGUGCUCUCAAGAAUCAUUUGAAUGCAUAAGAAUAUCAUGUAAUUUAAUACGCUAAACAUCCUAGAUGAGCUAAACGUUUUGCACUGGAAAGUUAUAAUUCAGUCUAGGUUGCAUUUGGAAGUUAUCUGUAUGACGUUCAUAACUUGAAUAUAAACAGGUAAAAUAAUAAUACAUUGUAUAAAGGCAUGAAUAAAAAAUAUUUUCUCCUGCACUAAAAAGUUGAAAAAAAUAUGAAGUGCAAGGUGAAAGUAAAUUAUUUAGAGGUCAACGGUCAAAAUUGGGAAAGGUUCUACUCUGUUGUUGUUUUUGUUGUCCAAGUUGGUAGCAAUCCCAAGAAAGAAGCUAGAAAGUCCCUGGAGGCAUGAUGACGGGUAUAUUUGCACUCAUCAGAAAAAUCAAUUUAAACUUGAUAUAUCCUGGGAAAACGGCCGUUUCUCCUCGCUUUUCGCCGCUGAGGACGUUUCGCGAGGAAUAACGUCUGCGACUUCGCGACAGAAAUUCCGUUCUGAUGACGUAAAAUUGUUUACGAAUGACAGGCAAAAGACAAAAGGCAAUACAAAAGGCCAUGAGGGUCAAAUGUAAACGCGAUGAAUCUCUAACAAAACAGUUAAAAUUGGUGGAACAUAUUCUUCUCUAGAAGAAGCAUUUGAUUUUCUGCUGGAGCUCGUUCGCAGAUGAACACCACGCUUUAGUAACAUCGACCAGGAGAAACGUAAAAUUGAACAAAUUUGGUUGUGCAACCCCAUGACUACCGGAUAUGUAAGGGUUAUCGAAGCGAGGGGUUAUGAGAUUUAUUCCCCUCGUUCGUUGCCCGAGGGCAACACACGAGGGGAAUAAAUCACAUGACCACCAGCUGAAGGCCGAUAAACGGCUUAUUGUUACAUUGGCGAGGAUUCCUCAAGGGAUGCAAAAUUCAACGACGAAAAAUGCCUCUAUUGUUCAUCUUUCUUUUAUUUUUUAACACUCCAUGCUGGCACUGGUGGCAUUCACAGCUUUCUCGGCUUUUUAAUUAUGUUAGUUUUUCAAAGUCGUAUUUCAAAUUAGUUGUUUGCAGUGAAUGCUAGAAAGAGCCUAAAGAGCCUAGCAGUGUCGAGAAAUUCAGAGCCAGAAAAAGAACCGUUUAUUACUCAAAAUAAAGCAGCUUCAGUGGCGGUACUGUAAGAGCUUUCGGAAAACAAUUUGAAUCUUCAUUUGCGGGUACAGAAAACGAGCAAGCAGUUGACAAUUUCAAUUUUCGCACCAAGGAUCUUUCGACCGACCUGCAUGUUUACAGACAAAGAUUCCGGGCGAGGGGUCACUACUGUAACGGACAAGGAAAUUCAGUCGAGGAAUGAAGCAAGAAUACCACAAAACACAAAGAGGUCAACUACAUGUCUUCAUGGGGUACACGAGUUUGGGAUGACUGGUUAAAGAACGGAACACCUUAUCAUGACAGCGACACUUUCGUGGAACCGUAGAAUUUUAAAGACGCUGUUCAAUUUCGAACAGUCUUUCUGGCUGUGGAAAUCGAUGAACCAACAACCAAGAAAAUCCGUGAAUGUGUCUCAGAAGAAACGCAGCUCAGUUUAAUUUUAGUAAUUAUAGCGUCGUGUUUAAUAUUUCCAAUAAACAUUUGUGAAUUUUUUCUUUAUGAAAAGCUAAUUGAAAUGCGAGGGGAUUAUGUAUUAAUAUGCAAGGGGAAUAAGUCACUUAUCCCCCUCGCAUAUUAAUACAUAAUCCCCUCGCAUUUUAAUUAGCUCUUCUUUAGCCCCGCUCUUCCCUUCAAACAAUCAAAGCCGCACCCAGCUUUUCAGACAGUUGAUUCGGGUGUUAUGUAAUAUAUUCCCCCCGAAAAGAACAAAGGAAUCCGAGCUUAUGUAAAAAUAAAUUAUGUAAACAUUGAUUUACGCCAUCAGUAUGGAAUUUCUGUCGCUGAGUCGCAGACGUUCCUCCACGCGAAACGUUCCUAGCGGCAAAGAGCGAUGAGAAACGGCUGUUUUCGCAGGCUAAACUUGACAGUGUUCCACAUAAACCUCUCCUCCCUUGCCCCUAUUUUAUUGCUAGUCGCAGGUACAGUUUCAGUAUGUUACUUACCAUGGAAAUAGAGGAUAUUACAUUGCCGCGCGGAGAUACGAAAUUUCUCUUCGAGUGUUGAAUUAUUUCGCGAGUGAGCGCAGCGAACAAGUGAAACAUUUUUCAGCACGAGAAGAGAAAUUUCGUAUCUCCAAGCGGCCAUAAACACCCAACCUUUUUCACUUUAUUAGUUUUUGCUGUGAAAGGCGCGAUUUAUUACAUGUUAUUUUCACACGUGAAGAUAUCAUGUUUUCGCGCGAAAGCUCACUUGGUAUUUUAUUGGUGUUUAUACAAUAAAAUGUUGUAUUUCACAGUGUACAGGUAAUAUUAAAUGGCAACAAGUUGGUUUUUAAGAAUGUGAGGUACCCGAAUGAAAUUGGCGUUUAUCAAUGUGUGGCGGAGAAUCAACAUGGAAUGAUCGUGUCUUCCACGUAUGUCAAAGUUCUAGGUAAGCACUUGGAAAAUUGCAUAAAAUAGUAAAAUUUCCACUCUAAUACUGACGUGUUAUAUAAGGAAAACUUAACAUUGCAACUUUUGUAUAAGAUGAGGAAUAUUAAACAUUGCUUGGAUGCAGGAAAAACAAACAAACAAACCGCAAACAAAAAAGGUUGAGAUCAGUCACCGCGCAAACUUAUGCAAUAAACACUGCCUUUUGCGCCGCUCUCACGUUUUGAGUCUGUCAGUAUUUUCCUUGAGGGUAAAAUUUCUCACUCGUGAAUUUUCCUUUUUGCAGGCAUAAAAACAUCUUUCGCGGAGUCCGGAUUUGGUCCAUUCUACUUGUUCAAAGGCACUGAAGGGCGAUUGAAGUGUAAUCCAAAAGCAGCUCCACGGCCACCUAAAGACCAAUAUAAAUGGUAUAAAGGAACCACUCUACUGACGUCAUCGCCACCUUACAAAAUAGAGUAUGGGGAAUACAGUACAUUGAUAAUUGACAACGUUGACAAGAAUAGAGACGAGGGUGAUUACAAGUGUUUUGCAGCGAACUUCUUGGGCCAGGAUGAGGCAACAGGAAAAGCUACAGUUCUUGGUGAGAAUGUCAUGAUGUAUCGUUUCGAUACAAGUCGUUUCGCAGAUACAAACUCAAGCAGUGAAAUUGCACUAAAAUUUUGUUCACUUCAAGUAUAGUUUGCGAGGGAACAAGAAAAACAUUUUGGGUGAAUAUCUUCGUUCCUUACUCCAAUUACAUGGAACUAUUUACUCCUCGAAUGAAUAAACUUGUAUCGAAAUGACCCUUAUAUAACCUCCUUAAAUAAGGGAGCUUUAGGCUAUCAACACAUUGUACCGGGGAGCUUUUCCGCUGCCACGAAAAUUUCUGUUCAUACAUAAGAACGGUGAUUUGGGCACGAUUUCUGUAACGGUACGAAGCUGCGCUGCGCUGCGCUGAUUUCAAAAGUGGAACGUCACAUGUCACAUAUCGGAUAGGUUUUGUGCCACACUUUACUGCAGUGUGAACAGUACAUUCGGGCCGUUUCGGAAGUGAAUAAGUAGGAAACUUUAAAGAGGACUGGAACCCACUGAGACGGAAGUGAAUAUUCAGGAGUGGGGACUGGGAUUAAAAGCCAAAGCCUCUCGGCCAACUGCCCGCUCCGGCACAAUGUUCGAUUUGUGCGAAUGACUUGUUCUUAAGAACCAGUGCGCUUCUGCUGGCACAUUAAUAUCAACAGGUGAAGUCAGCUUGAAUAUCGCCGUUGGCAAAUUUUUAACAGUCAUUGGACGAGGUUGAGCAAAGCUACAUCGUGCUAUGUCAGUGGCGAGACAGAGCUGAGACCGUGACGUCUUCGUCUUCAAGAAAAGAGAAAAGGAAACCGCUGUUUAGAGUUCACGUCCUCCAUAAAAACGUGAGAUUAGGAACUUUCUUGUUGUCGCCAGGCGGUGAAGGCAUGGAAAUGAACAAAAGUGUGCUGCUCGUGCAGAGUUGUUUUGAUCAUUUAACGUAUUCCUUUUCUGGCGUUCUCGUUGCCGCCGUCGUUGCUUUAGCUUCCUAAUAGCCAAGGAGUUACAGGUGCCAAUCAAAACUAGCGAAAAAUAAUGGCUAUCUACUUAUCUGGUAAAUACUGCUGAUUGCUAUAUAACUGGAAAUGUUUUCCCACCAGCGCGCGUUCUCAUUGGCUACUUCGAGGUCACAUGACGUCUAACAAUGAAACUGUUUCCCGUCACAAUCUCUGAGCGGGCAACAUUGCCAAAUCCUAUAACGUCAGAGGAUAACAUUGCACUGUUUCCCGCGAAUGUUGACGGACGACCGCCUUUACAGCGAGGUUUAAUGAAUUCCAGCUUCGAAAUUUCCAGCAAUAUAACAAAUCAUCGGUCCCUCGGGAAACAGUUAAUUUUGUUGCCGAGAAUCUCAGUGUUUCCCGAGGCGGAGCCCAGGGAAACAUUGAGAUUCUGUUGUUCUCGGCUCCACUCAUAAAGUGUUUAUUAUUCUUUCUUUCAGAGAGAACUAUAAUUACCGUGAGACCAGAAAAUAAACAAGUUGACGAGGGAACACGUGUUGAUCUGAAAUGCGAAGCAACAGCAGACCCGUCUCUUGAGUUGAGAUACUACUGGAAAAGGGAUAGUGCUGUCAUAACGUACAACAGCAAAAUUCAGUGGCUUGAAGUACCUAAGGUUCUGACAAUUGCUAGCAUUACAGUUGAUGAUGCUGGUAAUUAUACUUGUGUGGCCUAUACUCCUGAUCCAAAAAGAUCUGAAGACCAAGCAUCUGCUACUAUUGAUAUCUCAGGU